AUGAAGUUUUAUGCUGACGCCAUUGCUGAAGCCGUAGUGGAUGUCCCUAAACCCCAGAAUGCUACGGGUUUAAGCAAUGAUAAUGCGAAGAAGCGAACUAGGACUAAUGAGAAAGAACGGGAGAGAUUGUCACUAUACAAGAUGACCCAGCAGCUCGAUGAGAGCUCCUCAUAUUUCCAGAAAUGUAAAAAGCUCUGCGAUGAUCCAAAGAAGCUGCAGCAACACAUACCGGAACCCGAAGCUGUGCGUCGUAUGAGGUCGUGGGCUGGCGCUCACUUGCCCGAAGAUCUCGAGAAGCAAUUGCCCCGUCGAAUUCCAAAUUAUCCAAAUUCUCGCCGUCCGUUCUCGGCAUUACGAAAGGAGCUGACACCUCAGGAUUAG